UUUGGGAUUAUAUUGACAAGGUGGAGAAAUUUACGAGCAGCUAGCUGAGUCAGAGAAGAGACCCCUGAAUGAUCUAAAAAUGUCAGAAUCAUACGAUUUUUUGUUCAAAUUCCUGGUCAUUGGGAGCGCAGGAACAGGAAAGUCAUGUAUUCUUCAUCAAUUCAUCGAAAGCAAAUUCAAACAAGACUCAAAUCACACAAUAGGUGUUGAGUUUGGCUCAAAGAUCAUCAAUGCUGGAGGAAAAUCAGUCAAGUUACAAAUCUGGGACACAGCAGGUCAAGAAAGGUUUAGGUCAGUAACAAGGAGUUACUACAGAGGUGCAGCUGGGGCAUUACUUGUCUAUGACAUCACAAGUCGAGAGACAUAUAAUGCUCUGACGAAAUGGCUAACAGAUGCAAGGACGUUGGCUAGUCCAAACAUCGUCAUCAUCCUCUGUGGUAACAAGAAGGAUCUGGAUGCAGAUAGAGAGGUUACCUUCCUAGAGGCCAGUAGAUUUGCACAAGAGAAUGAAAUGAUGUUCCUAGAAACAAGUGCGUUGACAGGAGAGAACGUAGAAGAGGCUUUCUUGAAAUGUGCCAGAUCGAUACUCAACAAAAUAGAAUUAGGUGAGUUAGAUCCAGAGAGGAUGGGAUCAGGAAUCCAGUACGGUGAUUCCACUCUCCGGAAAGUCACCAGACCGCCUGUCAGGAGUACCCAACAGUGCCCAUGCUGAGGAAACCAUCUUGACAACCUAUGAUCAUCAAUAAUAGCUCCAGCCAGCCAACACGUCCAACACCCAAGCCCUAUAAACCAUGCCAAUUGUGAAACCUCUAUGAUGCCGGUCCAUACCUUUUAACGUCCCUUCCUGGUGAAGUUUGUAGGUUCAGAUGUAACGUUUCAUAUAGUGCACACACCUUCACGACAGACAUCAAGAUUAUGAAUAUUUAUGAUUGCUUUAAUAUUCCAUUCAAACAAUCUCACUAUUACAGUCAUAUGUAUGUUCAAUGACUGCUUGCUAACUUGAAAAAUGUAUUUUAUUCAUAAGAAAGUCUUAUUGCACAAAUUUGUAAGUUGAUGGAAAUAUCCUCCAACUUUUUUCAAGAAAAUGAGAAGGAAUCUACUCAGAAUUUAUUUUCUGUUGAAGUGCUGGUAAACCAGGCAUAUACUAGAAAACUUGUGAUAUAGAGACUGCUAAUGUGCAGUUGAAUAGUACACACACAAGCUGCUAGUUUGUGCCAGGAGGCUACCACGCAUGUCAGUCUGAACUUUGAUUUACAAUUUACUUGCAAUAACUAACUAGUGUAUAUAUAUAUAUAUAUAUUAGGAGCUUACACCAGGUGAAGUGGGUGAUUGAAACAAGUCUCUAUAUGGUGAUAUGGUAAUGGCUGUCUUAGUAAAGAACAGCAAUAUGAUGAUGAGGGUGUAGUAGAUUCCUUCAUACCUUCCUGUAGAGCAAAGAUCAAUGCUAUGAUCUAGGAAUAUGUGUAGUUCAAUACUAUGCACCCCUUCAUUAUUUUCUAUCACGGUCUGCUGAAAAAAUAUCACAAAAGUAUCUGCUUGACAGUACAUACAGUGUAAGACUCAUGUUAAAGUGUAUGAUGAAUGGAAUAUCUUAUUUACAUACUUGUUAACAAACCAUGAAAAACAUGCUAUUUUACUCUAUCAGAAAUAACUGUUGAAGUUUUUGCACGCUGGUACUACAAAGCAUUACCUGGGUUUUAAUGUAUUCCUUAAAUGUGAAGCAAGCAUUUUGCAAUUGGAUUCUGAGCUUAUAUCAUGUAAGGAUGUUUAAAUGUAAGAUUCAAUACCCUUUUCACUCAGUUAUUAUGUACCAUCAAAUAUCCUUCAGCUGAACGUCAGUAAUGGAUAAACAUGUUAUCGUUAUGAAUUGAUUAAUUAAUCUCAAAUUCAUCAGCUUUCUUCUGAAGUACACGUCAUGUGCAAGAAUUUUCUGGCACCUUCAUUCCUUACAUGGCUAGAGAAUGAUUGAUUUCUUCUUUCAUACUUUGUGUUACAUCUUUGGUGAAUGUAACGUUUUAUAUAUCCUUUCACAAUUCUUUAUUUCUUUUUUGGUCAUGCAUACCAUAGUCUUGUUACUCUUGUGAUACACAAUAUAUCUUGCCUGUAAAUAAAUGUUUAAGAAAAGUACUGGUACUGUGAAAAUUUCACAUUACAUGUAUUACACUACACUUUUUAGUUUCUUAACUUUAAUUUAUUACAAUAAACAUAAUCUAAUGCUCUCAAGAUACUUAAAGUAAUUUUGGGGUAACAAACAACAAAAAAUGAAAUGUCAGACAGUGAUGGUCUCUGGGGUCUACAAAGAGUUUUAGCAUAUAACAGUGAUAGGAUAAUUUCUUUUUCACCCACAAUUAUUUCUUAAAUGUUUAGUCAUAAAGUUUGUUUGAAAAUGCUUCAAAAUAUGGCACAGAUUGCACACAGUCCUUAUGCAAGAUAUGGACCCUUGCCACAAGGGACUUCACCCCUCACUUCACCUGUCACGCACAUUGGUUCAUACUCCUUUCAAGUUUGAAUUUUAUAUGUUUCAAUUUUUGUGUGUGGACUGUCCUGGGUCUAAGCUAAUUUAGACCUGCCAAAGGCUAGUAAUGUUGUUAGAUCUUUCCACAGAUUAUGAUGAUUUAAAUUUUUUCUGCACGACUUUAACUAGGAAAGACUUUUUUCUAAUCAUUUCGAGCACAGCCAUUGCCAACACUUGGCAGUCAUUCAUGUGUCAUUUUAAUGAAACAAUAAUUGUUUUAUCUUUAUGAGAUCUGUAGAUAACAAAUGCUAUGUGUAUUCCUGGUAUUCCACAAUCCUAUACAUUUCUUUGAUUCAUUGUCGUACCAAAUAUCUCUUUGAAUCCAAAUAGAGGCUUUAUCAAAGGAAAGUUAUAAAAUGUUUCUUUUAUCGUAAAAUUUGCAGAUAAUGGAUUAAUUUAUAAUUAUUGUAUAUAUAGAUGUAGGUUAAGAUAAUGUAGAUUUAUAUGCAUGUUUUAUAACAAGCAUAUCUUUAAUUGUGAUAUUAGCAAAGAGAUCAUAUAACCAUUAGCUGUAAGUUAUGAUUUUGUGCCCUUAUGGCUGCUUUAAUGUGCAGUACAAGAUAUCAGUAUAUUUAUCUACCGGUAGUAAAAAUUAGCCAAUAUUAUUACUCUAUAUACAUCUUUGCCGUAUAGUUCAAUUACAAUAUUCUUUCUCUGUAUCUUUCUUUUGAUAAAAGGGUUGAUAUAUUUGUGAUUAAGUUGAACCGUUCCUCUUAUAUGUUUAUUGAAUAAAGUUUUCAUAUAGAUAACUGUUUAUGCACAUGGAAAAGCUGAGGACAAAACAAAUCAUUUAAUUUAUGAGAAGUACAGUACCCUUUCUACAAUUAAAAUAAAUAAUAACAACAGACAUACUUAAUUAUCACUAUCAUUGCUAAUUUGUAUGAAUACCGAACUAACCCGAUAAAAGGCAACUUCUAUUCAGGUAGAUUUAGGUUUGAUUAUUAUUGGCUGUUGUAUUUUUUCUGUAAUUGUUUUAACGGAUUUAGAUUUUGUAUGCAUGUGGAAUAUUUAACCAUAUUUUUUCAUGUUCAACUAUACUUUGAACUCAGAAACCGAGAGCAGAAAAUGUGUGUCAAAUACCUGAAUGAUAGCCAAGCUGCUAAGAAUAUGGGAAGUAUGAUUUGAGUCUCUACUGUUUGUGUCAUACUUGAAAUAGGGUGGUAAAUUGGUACUAUGUUUGUAGCAAGGUAGGAUCAAAUCUGUGUAAUAUUUAUGAAUAUAAAGUUCUUUUUAUGACAUUUUUUUGAAUGUUUAAUAUUUUGAGGAUUAUGUCAAUAUCUAGAAAAAAAUACACUGGUGAAAAUUUGCUUAGGUAAUAUACUGGAAAAUAAAAAACAAAAAAUCAGCUUAUAAACAGUUUAUGCUAAAGAAAUAAUUAAUUUUUUUCACCCAAUGGUUAAUUUGUAUGUGAACUAAGGAAAGACUUAACUGCACAUAAACACAUUCAUAAUCAUUUGUGCAUGGGUAAUUUAUGAAAUACAUAAAUGCAGCUUCAUUUUGCCUGGAGAAAUUAUUUAUAACCAAAAAAGAUAACUAGAUUCAUGUGAUGAGGAAGAUAGUAUAUGUCUAUAGUUUUAAUUUUGUAACAAAGAAAGCAAAUGUGUGUAAAUAAUUCCUUGCUCAUGGUUGCUUACCGUAUUGUAAAUUCUGUCGCAAAUAUAUACAUGUAUCACUGUUUCAUUCUUUGAAAAAAUUGUAUUUUCCUUCUUGUAGAUGUCGUAAACAUAUGUGUUUUCAUUGUCUAGUUUGCAUUCAAAACUUAUAAUGGAGACUUUGUUUUCUUGUGAAAUAUAUAUAUCUUUUGAUAGUUUUAAUCUACUUUCCAUUAUCUUUGUUACUGUGCAGAAUUACCAUGUUAUAAAAAUGUUGGUGUGAUUGUUGAAUGAAAAGCUGAGUAGAAGACACUUUGCUAUGUAAUAGUACCAGAGAAGAAAGUAUCAAUGAAAUGAACAUAUUUGUCAUAUAAAAUAAAUGUUAUUAUAAUGAUGAA